AGUAUGGCUGCUUAGUAGACAGUGGUGUGAUGGCAUUUAAAUUAGGCGGAAUAAAAUUUUGAGUCGUGUGUGCGUUUGUCGAAUUCCAAAGAAGUUAUGAUAUAUUUUUGUCUUUCUUUAUACAGUGAUCAUGGCUGCAGUUGCUACAAGUAACGGUGAUACCGACGAAAAAGCUCUCUGGCCCGAGUUUUGUGAGAAAAAUGCUCGAGUCGCUGCCGUAGAUUUCGCCCAAAGUUAUCGUUUGUUUAUAAAUGAUCAUCCUAAUCUUGGAAAGAUUGUAAGUAACCAGGAAAUCAGCAAAAAAUUUAUUGACUUCUUCAUCGAAUAUUUUGAUUUAGAAGUUAAAAAGAAAGUUGGUGAAAACUCGGUAUCUUCUAAUGGUCAUAGUGCUCAAGACGUAGCAAGUGCUGGUGAAGCUCCUAGAACUAGACCUAAAACGCAAGAAAAUUCUCAGGAGAAUAUUCGUGGAUUAGUGACUAAUCAUGAAGACUAUAGUGAUCUAUCAGAUCCUGAAGGAGAAUCUCCAAAAACUCAUCACAGAGCUUUUUUUAGGCGUUUAUCUUUUAAAGGUUUGAAACGCGGUAAAGGACUUUUUCAUAAACAACAUUCUGAUGAAGUUGAACUUUCGCACCACCACGAUAGACGUACACGGUGUGAUAAACACGAGAAAACAAAGCUGACGAAAAUAAUAGUUGAAUGUGUUCGGGAAGGCAUUGUAAGUUAUUUAACUGGUGAUUAUUUGGAUGGGAGACAGAAGUGGGAAAAAUGCAGACUUGUAUUAGUUAAAACUACUGGAGGUUACAUGUUAGAAUUCUAUUCCCCGCCAAAGUCAGUGAAACCUCGCAGUGGCCUUUUCUGUUUUUUGAUAACUGAAGCCCGAGAAACUACUGCUUUGGAAAUGCCAGAUCACGAGAAUACUUUUGUGCUGAAGACUGAAAAUCAUAUGGAGUAUGUAAUUGAAGCUCAUGAUUCAAAUGAUAUGAAAAACUGGCUUUCAACUAUCAAAUAUUGUAUGAGACACUUGGGAGAUUUAAAUACAGAUAGUUCACGUCCUCGCUUGCCUACAGCUCCAUCUGAUAGCUUAAGCAGGUUACGAGAUAGGUCAAAUGCUGCAGCUAAUGUAAAAAAAAACGAUGAAUCAACACCUGAUGCUAGUCCGGAUCCACCUCCAGAUUUACCACCACGGGGUGUAGCAGCAGCUGGAAGUGCACAGGCUGCUUCUGCUGCAACAAACGAACCUUCUGCGCAGGGUGAACAAGAUACAGGACCUGAUAUUUAUAUUACAUUACGAGAAUAUCCAUGGUUUCAUGGAAUGCUGUCUCGAAGUGAUGCUGCUCAGUUAGUUCUAAGAGAUGGUCCUUUGGGUCAUGGUGUUUUUCUAGUACGGCAGAGUGAAACUAGGAAAGGGGAAUAUGUUCUAACAUUCAACUUUCAAGGCAGAGCAAAGCAUUUACGUAUGACAAUCAACCCAGAAGGUCAGUGUCGUGUACAGCAUUUGUGGUUUCAAACUAUAUUUGACAUGUUAGAGCAUUUUCUACAGCAUCCUAUACCUUUAGAAUCAGGUGGUGCAUCUGAUGUAACCUUAACUGAAUAUGUAGUUAAUUUAGAAGGUGCACAAUCUGCAUCAUCUCGUUCACGGUCAUCACCAUCACAUGGAGAGCCUGGACGAACUGGUGCUGCAGCUCAUCGUGUGCCUAGUAUACCUGAUUUACGAGAAGUGGUAACUGUUCAAGGAUCUGUGCGAGUGAGGAGUCAGUCUCUUGAAAAUGUUCAAGCUCAUGCUGGUCAUCAUCCCCCACAACAGCCGCCUCGAGCGGUUGAAAACACCUACUCUUUUGUUUGAUAUUUAAUUUCCAUUAAUGUGUGCAAAAACUUAUGCAGCCCUGAAUUAUUAGAGCUAAAGAAACUGCCAAAAUAUACUGAAGUGAUCAAAAGCUUUUUAUUGUGUAUAAAUUGUAUGUGCAUGGUGUUACAUUUUUUGAUUGUUUCAUGAGCAAUAUUUGAAUGACAUUAUAGUGAUUGAGUUGAGAAAUAUUUUUAAUCACUAAUUUGUCAAUGUAAUUUAGAUCUGUGCUUGUUUUUAUAUAAAUUUGUUAUAUAUAAGUCAUGCUGAAUUGCAGCUUUUGAUUGAUGAUUACUGAUUUAGAUAUGUAGAUUAGUCAGGAAAAAUGCUAUUAUAUUUAAACACAGAUUUUUCAAUGCAGUUAAAUAAUUCCAUAUAUUCUGCUUGAGAUUAUUGAUAAUUAAGCUAGCUCGCAUACAAAAUAAAUAUAUCCUGAAAAUUCCAGUAAUGCAAUUUCAAUGAUAUAUUAAAUUUAGAUUUUUACUGGAUAUUUUAGUUUGGAAACAGAAAUGCAGUUGGAAAAUGUACUGUGCGAGUUUUACUUAUGCGUGCAUAAUUGUUUAUUCUGUGCCAAAUAAAAAUACUACUGCAUAUUUCAACAAAACAUGUUUUUUAUAUUUAGGUGUUAUUUUUAAAAAUAUUCUUUCUUACCUAAAUUUUUAGAAAAUAAAAAAAAUUGAAGCUUUCAGCAAGCUUCAUAGAUUUUGAGAGCUAGAGGUAUUUUAAGGAAGAUUUUUAAAUCUGCAGCCUACAAGUUUAUAUGAAUUCCAUUUGAGUAGGUCAUUAAUUAUUAUGCAUACCUUAAUGGUUUGUUAUGGCACAUAUUAAUUUCAAAGAGCUUCUAAGUAUAAAAAGUGCUGAAGAAUAAAAAGAAAAAACUGACACAAAAAUAAUUUUCAGAUUUUUAUAUACAACUAUGUAAGACAUGCAACACUGAUAUUCAUGACCAUAUGUUUUCAGAUUUUUAGUGUUAUUAAAAUACUUUCUUAUAACAGAAACAUACUUAGUAAUCUGUAAGAGAGUUAAGUUUUACUGAAAAUAGUUUGUGAUUUUGAUGAUGUAUAUGCUAUGCAAAAUUAAAGAUUUUAUUUAGUAUUGUA